CAGAGCCCUGAUCGACGAUCGAAAAAGCCCAACAACACACACACACACACAGCAAUCACCUCACCAAAUAUACACAAAAGAAAAAAAAAAACUGAGGAUAGAUACGAUGGUUGCUGCUACUUCUGAAGAGAUGGUCGCACUCAGUACUACCCAGGUGAUUAUCCAUCCGUUGGUAUUACUAUCGGUGACCGACCAUGCGGCGCGAGUAGCGAAGGGAGGCUCGAAGAGGGUCGUGGGCGUGUUACUAGGACAAGACUUAGGGAGCACGUUGAACGUAGCGAAUUCGUUUGCGGUGCCGUUUGACGAGGAGGAAGCCGGCCCGUUGUCGUCGUCGUCGACCGCUAGUCAGCCGCCGUCCUGGUUCCUCGACCACAACUUUGUCGAGGCAAUGGGCGAGAUGUUCAAGAAGGUCUCGGCCAAGGAAAAACUCAUCGGCUGGUACCAUACCGGCCCCAAACUUCGGGCGACCGACCUCGAGAUUAAUGAGGUCUUCAAACGCUACUGUCCCCGCCCCGUCAUGGUCAUCGUCGACGUUCGCGCUGAUCGUGGGGUCGUCAAGGGCUCUGUGACUGAUGCCUAUUUCGCCAUCGAGGAAAUCAAAGACGAUGGCACGGCGACGCAAAACACAUUCAUGCAUGUACCAUCUUCGAUCGAAGCGGAAGAAUCAGAGGAGAUCGGGGUGGAGCAUUUACUACGAGACAUCAAGGAUCUGUCGACGGGGACCUUAUCGACGCGGGUGACAGGCCGAUUGAAUUCGCUGCGGGCCUUGCAAGCCAGGCUGGGGGAGAUCAGCGAGUAUCUGGAGGGCGUGCUUGGGGGGAAACUGCCGCUGAACCACCAGAUCAUCUACAACCUCCAGGACAUCUUCAACCUGCUCCCCAACGUCGACCUCAGCCCAUCGGCCUCCUCGGCCGCUAACGAUCGCGCCAAGCCACUCACCGUCGUCACUAAUGACCAGCUUCUUGUCGUCUAUCUCUCUAGCCUCAUCCGCGCAGUCAUCGCCCUCCAUGGCCUCGUCAACAACAAACUCGAAAACCAAAACUCGGCUAAUCCGAUCGAACAGCUCGACCAUUCCCAACCGAAUCCCAACUCGCCAACCACCAAUCCGACUAAUGGAACCGCUCCGACUAACAAUCCCGACGCGAAUCUGGGCCCGGAUAAGAAGCAUCCCUCCUCGGGCAACCGAUAAUCUUCUCCUAAACCAACCUCUUGUAAUUCAGUGCCUUUUUUUUGCAAUGACUUUCAGACAGACUCUCAAUUGAAGACACCAUCCAUCCCACCCUCAAUGUGUGCACACAUUGCAAGUCUUGGGGAGAUUUUUAGUGGGUCUUGGGGGGUU